CAGGCGCAGACCAUUCUUAGCUCAGGUCAGACUUCUGCUUGGCACAGCUUGGCAGUUCGUCAAAUUUUGCUGACGCGUUGUGUGUUUUCCAACGUUCAUCUCUAUUUUUCUCAAAUGUAUUCGACACAAGUCACGUUAAGAAAUCACGACAUGAUAGGUGAAGUGUUUAUGUAGUAUCCACUGAACCCGUGUCGAAGUCGAACUUGUCAAGAUCAGCUGAUGAGCCAAAACUCCUUGUGCGAACCACCGAAGGAAGACCAGCCAGGCAAAAUGGAGCAGAAACGCUUGUAUAAACUUGUACUAACCGGAGGGCCAUGUGGAGGAAAGACGACCGGCCAAACUCGACUCUGCACUUUUUUCGAAAACUUGGGAUGGAAGGUAUUCCGUGUUCCCGAGACAGCGACCGUGCUGCUCAGUGGCGGCAUCAAGUUUUCAGACCUGAACGCAGAAGAGGCAUUCAAGUUCCAAGAAAAUCUUCUGCGAACCAUGAUCCAGAUUGAAAAUACAUUCUUUCAAUUGGGUGAAAGCUGCUCCCGAAAUUGCCUUAUAAUCUGUGAUCGUGGCGCCAUGGACGCCUCUGCAUUUAUUUCAAAAGACAAAUGGGAGUUGAUGAUGGCUUCGAAUGGAUGGAAUAACGUCGAGUUGCGCGACAAUCGCUACAAUCAAAUAAUCCACAUGGUCUCGGCAGCGAAUGGCGCCGAGGAAUUUUAUUCCACCGAAGACCAUGCUUGCCGUUCUGAGGGCGUCGAACUCGCCCGCGAAUUGGAUUACAAUGCCGCGGCAGCCUGGGUGGGCCAUCCUUACUUCGAUGUCAUUGACAAUUCCCAGGACUUUGACAGCAAAAUCUGCCGGAUGAUAGAGUGCGUGUGCCAAAAAUUGGGCAUCGAUACCGGAGAUCGAUUGCGCGCGAGUAGUCGGAAAGUCAAAUUUCUUGUCAAGCCGCCCUUGCCACCAGACAACGAGUUUCCACCCUUCCAAGACUUUGAUGUUGUACAUAAUUAUUUGCAGGGAAACACACCAAAGUUGCAGGCUCGUCUCCGGAAGAGGGGACAGAAAGGUCACUGGUCCUACAUUCACACUAUUCGACGGCCGAAGAUGUGCGGACAAGUUGUUGAAGUCAAAACGCAGCUGACGCACAGGGAUUAUUUGAAUAUGCUCGCCCAGAGGGAUGAUUCACACUUUACUAUUUUCAAAAGACGACGUUGUUUCUUGAUCAAUAAUCAGUAUUUCCAACUGGAUAUAUACAGGGAGCCGGGACACCCGAGGUAUUUUUUUUUUGUUUGUUGCUCUUUUUGAAUUUUAUCGGUCAGG